CUUUGUUUAGCUCGCUUUGCUAACGGAAGCGCGCGGUGCUCCCCCGGCCCUCGACUCUCGAUUAAUUGCGACGCUUAAUUGGGUUCACGACGACGCGCGUUUUGCUGGACGUGUUUGCUGAGCGUUAUUUGUCGCCGCGGGAAUGUACGUUAGCCCGCACGCUAACGACCUGCUAUGCUAACGUUAGCAUAACAAAGCGACGCAGGACCGCGGGACAGUUGAUAUGGAAGAGCCUCCCAGCGACUCGGAUGGUUUACAGCCUCAGGAUCUGUCCUCCGCCUGCAGCCUCCCGAACCUCUUCGAUCUGACGCGGAACGCCGAGGAAUGCCUUCUGAAAGCCAAUCCCCUCGACACCUUGCAUGUCGUCCAGACGCCGGGCUGGUUCGUCAAUCCCGGGACCAGCAAUGGGAUACUGCUUCCGGAAACCGACUCCGAUCCGCUUCCGCUUCCCGCAGACCAGAUCCAACCGGAUAACGCUUUUUCCAACACGACCGUCACGCUCUCCUACGUGAGCCGGUCGCAUGUCUUCUCCGAGCAUUCCCCGAUCUACGGCGUCCCUUCGUUGAGCAAGGCGUUCGCGCUGCAUCCCGCCGCGUAUGAAGCCGGAAAGCUGGUGACGGACGCCGGAGACGCCGGGCUUUCAGUGGACCAACACUGUCUCCAGCAGGUGUCCGUCCCGGUCGGACUCGCGGCCUGCGAUCAGUUCGGCUUCAUGUCGCCGGCGCAGGUCGUGGAAAACGUGGCGGCGUUCUGCUACCUCCAGCAACCUCCGGAUAUCCAAGAUGUGGAAAACCUGGCUUUGGAAACGCUCAAAUCUUUGCAAGCCGAUCCCGGCGAGUGCAGGUUCCCCAUCAGCGUGGAUGAGCUUCAGAACGGAGCUGUGAACGGCCUGUGGAACGUCGGCCCCUUCGAGGGAGGAUUUCCGGAGGUUGCCGGCUCCAACACGGACGUUUUGCACCGAAACGCCAAUCCAGAGCUGGUCUUUCUCAUCUCCCGGUCCGAGGAUCCGGUGGUUUUACCGAACGACGGCUUUGCCAUUUCGUUAAACCAAGACUUCAUCAGUCCGCUGGAUCCCGAGUCUCCGUCGGCGGAGCAAAUCGAGGACGUUUUUGCCUUGCCGCAAACCGCGACUUCUCCAAGCGGAGCAAAGCAAAAAGAGGAGCUUGAUUCUACGAUGCCAGCUCGGACGGAAUUGCCCGAAACACCGACCGGGAAAACCGACCAAACGUGCAACACCGAGUGCGUGCAUGUCAACGAUGCGUCUGCGGAGCAAACCGACGCGGAUGCAUUCGAAACGAGCAACGAUUUGCCGUGCGGCGGCGGUUCGCCCGUGCUUGAGAGGAAGAGACUGCCUCCGAGAGCCAGGCGAGGCGUGAGAUUGGGAGCCAUUGUUCAAGACAUCCAUCCCAUCAGGAGCCGCGUGUGUAAAAGGAAAGUCCAGAAGAGCAAGUGCAAGAAAAAGGUGCGCGGUGUAAAGACGACGACGAAAAAGAAAGAAGAAAUCAGACGUUCAAGCAGACGUAAAUCUACCUCAGCUUCGGCGAAGACGUUAGAUGCAUUUGUUAAACGCACAAAGAAGAAGAUGAUGAGGAAGCUGCAUUCGGUGCCGGUCAAGCAUCAAAAACCGCUACCGGCUCAAAGAGGCCUGAAGAAAUCCGCCAAACGGAAGAGAAAGAAACACAAAGCCGGCCACGCGCCGAUUUUCUCGCCACAGGAGCCGGAGAUCAAACUCAAAUGUCUGAAGCACAAGGAGGAGAAGAAGGACGCGCGGGAUGAGAGCUUCGCUCCUUACGUGCGCAUGCAAGACUUCCCCGUCUGUACGGUGGUCAACUACCCCGAGGACGGCGCCCGGAUCGAACGGGGGAAGCGGCGGGCGUUUGCAGGGUUUGCGUCGGGUGUGACGCCGGCGACGCCCGGGUUGCAGUACGGUCGGGUCUGUGCGGAUGUCGCCCAGAGGGAUGUCCUGGUCUGCUGUCUCUGCGGCGGGUCGGCCAACGCCAUGGACCUCGGAGACUUGCAUGGCCCGUAUUACCCUGAAGGUUUCAAAUCGGCCUCUAAAGCGGCUUGUAAUCCGCAGGAAGAGGAUAAUAGCGACUCGGACUCAACCGUUAGAGGGAAACGCCUUGCUCCGGGCGGAUGGAGCGAGUCUCUUUGGACCAGCGAUAGCGAGUUGUCCAACAGCCCUUCGUCUAAGAGACCCAGGAUGGACGGCGACGCCACCGAUUGGUUCAGUCCUCCGGUGGUUCCUCUCGAUUGUAACGAGCACUGGCUCCACGAGGACUGCGCGAUAUGGUCCGCCGGCGUCUUUCUGGUUCGGGGAAAGCUGCACGGGCUGGAGAAUGCGGUCAGGUUGGCGAAAGCGUCGGUCUGCUCGACGUGUCAAAGACGAGGAGCGACGCUAGGCUGCGUUUUCAAAGGGUGCCCCAACAAAUACCACUACACGUGUGCACUGCAGUCCGGUUGCGUAUUAAACGAGGAUAAUUUCUCAAUGAAAUGCAGAAAGCACAAGAACAAGUCCAUCAAAGGAUCAUCACAUGGUCCAAUCAACAGGUGACACAGGAGAAAGAGGACGCUACGCAAGAGCGCUCUUGAUCUCUAACCGCAGUGUUCCUGUGAGCGCCGGCCGAGGACCUUCAGGCAGAGCGGGACGACACCCACUGCUGGUAACACGGUCACUAUCACGCUAAUGGCACUGUGAGACGCACACUAAAGAUUCGACUGUGGGGAAAUCAGAGAGAGUCGCACAUUUCAGAGCAAAUAUAUGCGCUCGUCUUAUUAGCCGAUAUGAUUUGAUCAUGUGAUUGUCAUAUUUACAUUUUGCCGCUUUUUUUAUUUUUUUGGAAAUGCUUAUCAGUGCUUUUGUUCUUAAUUUAUGAAAUGAAUUUUAUCAACUGAAUUUUAAAUGUAGUGCUCACCGAAAUGUAAAUGCAUCUUUAUCUAUCGCGCAUCUAACGUUUUAUAUUCCUUUGGCAUCUAAAAUCAUUAAUCUCAUCAAAAAGACAUGCUUUUCUUUAAAUGACACGUAUGAGUGUACUGUUCAUUAUGUUUAAAUGCACACACAUGCAUGCACAUAUUUAAAAAAAAGUUAUGUUUAUACAUUAAGUAUAUUUUUAUAUAAUAUAAAUUGUAUUAUUAUAUAAAUAAAUUUAAAAACUAUAUAAUA